AUGUGGCACAGCUGGAGCGUGUCCCACGGCCGGGGGCUGGCCCGCCUGGCGCCCCACGGCCCGGCCCGGCCUCCGCGGGGGCCGGGGCCCCCCCAGGCCCCGCCGCACGGCCGGACGCCCGCCCCGGGGCCCGAGCGGGGCCGCCCCGCCGGGCUCCGUCCCCCGGGAGCGCCGGGGCGGCCCCGGUCCCGCCCGUCCCGAGCCCCCCGCCCGCAGCGUGCCUGGCCUUACCCCCCCCCCCACCCCCUUUCCCCUCUUAACCGUCUUUCUCUCCCCUUUUCUCAUUGCGGCGGCGGCGGCCCCCGGGCCCGGCGCGGCAUCGCCGAAAACGCGGCCUCUGCGGCGCGGCGGCGGCGCUUCUGCGGCGGCGGAGCUCGGCCCCUCCCGGCGGGGCGGCGGGCGGGGACUGCGGCGGCCCCCGCCUCACCCGCGUGCCCGGGGCCGCCCGCCGCUCCUCGCCCGCCGUGCCCCUGCCCCGCUCGCUCCCGCCGCAACCGCCGUCCCCGUCCUACCCGCCCCGGGCCGCCCCUGCAGCCCAACCGAGUCCGGCCCACGGUCCUGCCCGGCCGGAGCCGCACGGCCGCAGCCCAGCAGAGGCCCCAGGCGGACCUGUGGCGCCCUAGGAAGCCUGGGCUGACAAGGAUGUGUGCCCUCCAGCACAGACUGGGGCCGCCACAUCUCCUUGCUGGGUGGAGAAGGCAGGGGAAGCCGUGCACCUCCCCCAUCCGCUGGCCGGCCCUGCAGUUCACCCCGCUGAGGGCACCCUCUCCUCGCGGCGCUCCACGGAUCGCCAUCGCCAUCGCCACGGGCGCUCCCGGCGACGUCUUCGCCGCCGCCCCCCGCACAGCGGCUCGCGCGGGGCCGAGGCCCUGGCCAGCCCCGGGGAUUCUCCGCCUCUGCCCGGGCACGGGUGGGUGGACGGACGGACAGACGGACCGGCCCCCGCACCGGGCCGCGCGCCCGACCGCGCCCCUGGGCGCGCCCCCGCGGGCCGAAGUGCUUUAA